CACAUGUGGUUAGUUAUGGCGGCGCACUGUGCGGUUUGAAGGAGCGGAAUGGGGGAAAAGGAAUGUUAUUAGCACGACUGAUUGUUAUAACGAACCAACUGCAAGGAAAAUGUCGCUGAAAGACACCAGUCAAGGGCAGCCAAUGUCCAGAGCCAUGAUCAUGGAAAUGCUGUCCAAAAGAUUUGAAAAGCUACCAAACUUUGACAGGAAGCUGUUCGCAUAUGGCCCGGUUUAUUUGGGUGCUAAUGCUGGACUGGCGGGUCUGAUUGCAAACAGUUUGUAUCGGCGUGCGCUCAAUGUCACACAAGGACGAUUUACUUCCGGUCUCCCCAUGUCCGUACUUCCUUUUCUUACAACUGUGGCAUUAUAUAAUGCAACUGUCAGCAAUCCCUUAUUAGCAGGUGACCUCAACUGCCCAACCUGUGUUCUACUAAGAGGUGCUUUAGUAGGUGUAGCUGGUGGUGGAAUAUACCCCAUUUUGUUGGCGUUGCCAGUCAAUGCUGGGCUUGCAGCGAGGUACAACAGUGCUCCAAUGCCAGAGAAGGGGAACAUUUUGCGCUUCUGGCUGACCCUGAGCAAGCCUGUUGUGAGGAGAAUGUAUGCUGUACUAUUACUACAGACACUUUUUGGUACAUAUUUAGGCUCCAAGCACUUUGAGAUCUAUCUAAAGAUGCUUAAACUGUCAGAAUCUGACAGUGAGGACCUGCAUGAUUAAGCCAAUAUUUCACUUUCAAAUACCGGGUUUACACUGUCUCUAGAAAACAGACCUAAACCUAUCCUGGUUGUUGCCCUUUUUUUUUUUUGCCUUUUGAUACAAGCUAUUAAAGCCUAAUGCACUGGG